GCUCUAAAGCCCUAGGUCGCGCCAUAUUCUCCGACGACGACGAUGCCCGGUCCCACUUUAGAGAUGGAGCGAGUAGAGCCACAGUCGCUGAAAAAGCUCUCUUCCAAAUCGCUCAAGCGAGCUCUCGAUCUCUUCGCUCCCCUCCAUUCUCAACUACCUCCUCCCGAUCCCGAGAGUAAAAAGAUUCGCAUGAGCCACAAGGUUGGUGUUGAGUAUGGAGGAAUUGUACCCACAGCUAGUCAGAAGCCGGCUCGUGCUGCUGAUCCCGGUGCUCCCAGUCGUGGACCGGCGGGGCCUUCGAAUGCCCUUGCCCUUCCAGACUCUAGAAGUGUAAAGACGGAACCAGCUCAAAAUGCUUUGGUGGUUGGUCCUUCAGCACCAAAGGAACCGAGUCAUAUUGGAAUUUCGGGUAAAGGCACUUUAGUUGUUUCUGCUUCAGGAUCAUAUGAGAGGAACCCAUCAACAUCAGCUAUAAUGGAAAGAAUUUCCAGUAGAUGGCCGCGUCCGGAGUGGCAUGCUCCUUGGAAGAUUUACAGGGUUAUCAGUGGCCACUUGGGAUGGGUGCGCUCUAUUGCUUUUGAUCCAAGUAAUAAGUGGUUUUGUACAGGCUCCGCAGAUCGUACAAUAAAGUUAUGGGACGUGGGAACUGGACAGCUACAGCUUACACUGACCGGACAUAUUGAGCAAAUUCGAGGCCUUGCUGUUAGUAGCAGACAUACCUAUAUGUUCUCUGCUGGUGAUGACAAACAAGUUAAAUGCUGGGACCUUGAGCAGAACAAGGUUAUCCGUUCAUACCAUGGUCAUUUAAGUGGCGUUUACUGCUUGGCUCUUCAUCCCACUCUCGAUGUUUUACUUACUGGGGGUCGUGAUUCAGUAUGCCGGGUCUGGGAUAUUCGUAGCAAGAUGCAAGUUCAUGCAUUAUCCGGGCAUGAUAAUACAGUUUGCUCGGUUUUUACUCGGCCAAUGGAUCCACAAGUUGUUACUGGCUCCCACGACUCGACCAUCAAGUUCUGGGACCUUCGAUACGGAAAAACAAUGUCAACUAUCACCCACCAUAAGAAAUCUGUACGUGCAAUUGCACAACAUCCGAAAGAGCAUGCUUUUGCAUCAGCAUCUGCUGACAACAUCAAGAAAUUUAGCCUUCCAAGAGGGGAAUUUUUACACAACAUGCUCUCUCAGCAGAAAACCAUAAUUAAUGCGAUGGCUAUCAAUGAGGAGGGAGUUAUGGCCACUGGAGGUGACAAUGGGAGCAUGUGGUUUUGGGAUUGGAAGAGUGGUCACAAUUUUCAGCAAUCACAAACAAUCGUACAGCCUGGUUCCCUGGAUAGUGAAGCUGGUAUAUAUGCACUUUCCUAUGAUGUUACUGGUACAAGGCUAGUUAGUUGUGAAGCUGACAAGACGAUCAAAAUGUGGAAACAAGAUGAAAAUGCCACUCCAGAAACUCAUCCUAUCAAUUUCAAGCCGCCUAAAGAUAUCAGACGGUUUUAGUUGUUCUAGCAUCAAGUCUAAGCUGUUGAUCUACUUGGUUACUGCACCAACCUUCAGAUCUCUGGCCUUGAGGGGCUAGUACGCAUCACCACCACCAAGAUAAUUGGAGAGCCGGUAGCCUUUGCUCCUUUUCGAUGACCUUUUUGUGAACAUUGUUUUGCAGUUCUAAUCAAAAUGUGAUAUUCCUGGCAACGAGAUAUAUUUUUAUUGUAUCAUGUAGCAUAAUAUUGAAUGCAUUUCAAGGAAAAGUUGGAAUCGGACUUUGAGUGGAUAAAUGUGAAGGACUGAAACUUUAUUGUUUAUAGGAACUCGGUUUUUGGCUCAAAUUGACAAAUUUGGAU